AUGAGUGGUAUCGAUUACUUCGCUUUGUUUGCUUCCCUCGGUCCUUGCCUAGCAGUUUCUUGUGUGCCAGAUGCGGCUUUAGUGCACCUGCUGUUGGAACAGAGGGCGGAGGUAGAAGUGACAGGCCGAGAAGGAGAGACGCCUGUCCACCUGGCCAGCUUGAUGGGUCAUGCCAAAGUGCUGGAUUUGCUUUUAGAGGCAAGUGCUUCGCCAAACAUCUUGGCAAUUGAUGGCAAAGGGGCCCUAUCCCACGCCUGCUAUCGUGGCCAUUUGGAGGUAGUGCAGAGCCUGCUGCUAUACAAGGCUGUAGACCGGCCAGAUGCUGGGCAGCGGCGAGGUUUGCACUGGGCCGCGCAGCAUGGACAUGAGGCAAUCCUUGAUAUUUUGCUGCCAUCAUCAAUCAAUGCCCAGGAUGCUGUAGGCGCCACUGCCUUGAGCUUGGCAGCUCAGCGAGGCCAUCUGGAGGUGGUGAGGCAGCUUGUCGAGGCGAAUGCAGAGUUGGACCUUCAAGGCUGUGAUGGGGAGACUGCCCUGAUGCUUGCAUCGUUGAAUGGUCACUUGGAGGUGGUGCAGUACUUGGUCCAGGCGAAUGCAGACCUGAUGAUUACUGCCAAGGAUGGCUUCGAUGCGUUGAGGCUUGCUGCAGAGGCCGAGCAACUUGAGGUGAUGCAGCAGCUGCUCUUGCUGGGUGCAGAGGUGCCUCCCGAAGGACUGCUACUGCCCCAGGAUGCUUCAUGUAGUGAAGACCUGGUCUUGACGAAAAGCUUGGCGAAGCAGCUGCUGGUGGAGCGGGCAGUGGCUGGCGAUGAUGCCUUGGCAAGGCAAUGGGGCUUCAAUGGAAAUGGACAACAGCUGUUGGACGCUGUCUCCCGUGCUGGAUGUGAAGUGCCCCAGGCCAAGUCUGCACUGUCUGGAAAGAAUCCCAGAACAUUGACCGACUUCACAAGCAGCGCUAGCGUUGGUACUGAAGUGAAGAGCCAAAAAGAGCAGGGGGAGAAUCCCUGGACAUUGGUCUGGAUUUCGGAUCAGGCUUUCAAACCAACAGCCGUCUCCUUAAAGACCCAACUGGAAAGCUUGGGUUGCCAGGUGAAAGGCUACAAGACCAACAAGAAUGCAGCAAGGGCAUUGGACAAGAAACGCGGCCUUGUUCGAACCGUUGUCAUGGUCACAGCGGCGGAGGCUUUGCCUUUCUUGCAGUAUUUGAGCUCCAGGCCCGAGUUGGCCUCCACUCCAGUGGUCGUGGAGGCGACCCGUGGAUAUGGGUCCAUCCCGAAGAGUCCUUCCGUACAGGUGUGCGAGAGUUUCGAUGCAGCAGCAAAGGCAGUCUGGACUGUGGCACACGAACCAGGCUUCGGCUGA